AUGAUGAACAACCUCCGACACAUUGCUUCUCUUCUGGCGGGUUGCCGGAAAUGCCAAUUGAUCCCAACUCGUGGUUUUCCAGCCUUGACCCGUGUUUCGCGCCUUCGUACUCGACGAGAAAUCUCGACCGUGCCCGAUCUCCCUCUAUUCCGAGCUCUGACAUUGCACGAUCCAAAAUCAACGUCAAUCGUCCACAGUGCUUCGGGCCGGGCAUUUAACUACGGUCGUCUCCUUGGUGAUACCCUGCGAGCACAGGACAAGCUAUUACGACUGGCAGGGCAUAACCUAAAGGCAGGAGAUGUCUCUGGUCAACCGGUAGCAUUUCUAGCGGAGAACAGCUAUGACUACGCUAGGAUACUUCUAGCCACCGAGAAAUAUGCGUCCAAGGCGCAACAGGUUGUUGAAGGUGAUUUGGAGAAUCCUCCGGUGUUAGGAGUGAUUGAGAGAAUUGAACAUGGGGGUGACUCGGGACUGGAGCCGCAGUUCGGACAUCAGCGCCAGCGAGGGGGAAUGAUGCUUUAUACUUCAGGUACAACAAAUAGACCGAAAGGAGUUUUACUACCUCAUUCCGCUCUUAUGGCGCAGAUACAAUCCUUGGUGGACGCGUGGGAGUAUUCUCCAAGGGACCGAUUGCUUCAUCUCCUUCCGCUGCAUCACAUCCACGGAACAGUGAACGCGAUUUUAGCGCCGCUUCUUGCCGGGUCCUCGAUUGAAUUUAUGUUUCCUUUCAACCCUACUGCCGUCUGGAACAGGUUUGCGUCACCUUUCCUCUCAUCUCAACCAAACACUCAGGUCAACGAUAAAACGCCAAUAACAUUUUUCACCGCUGUUCCAACCAUUUAUACCCGUCUUCUUUCCACCCACGCCAGCCUUCCGUCAGAGACUCAGCAGGCCGCAAAGGUCGCCAUAUCACCCCAGCAUCUCCGUUUAAACAUCUCCGGCUCCGCGGCCCUUCCCACGCCCAUAAAGUCAGCUUGGACAGAACUUAGUGAUGGCAAUGUCCUUCUCGAGCGGUACGGGAUGACCGAAGUCGGCAUGGCUCUAAGCUGCGGUUUAAACCCGCAAGACCGCGUCGAUGGAAGUGUAGGGUGGCCGCUACCAUCCGUGGACGCUAGACUGGUUGAUCCAGACACCAACAGGGUGAUCCAACCAGGAGAGGAAGUCGAUCAACAUGGUCGUGAAAGAGUGGGUGAAAUCCAGCUUCGCGGCCCGACGAUAUUCAAGGAAUACUGGCGGAACGAAAAAGCCACAAAUGAGGAGUUUGUCUCCGAUCCAGACGGGAAGGGGAAAUGGUUUAAAACCGGAGACAUGGCUAUUAGAAGACAUGUCCAAGGAACCGGCGAGAGCGCGCAAGUUUGGGCUCGCGGGCCGAUGUACUUUAUACAGGGACGGAAAAGCGUGGAUAUCAUCAAGACCGGCGGAGAAAAGGUUAGCGCCUUGGAAGUUGAAAGAGAGUUACUUUCUCUGCCUCAGAUCGCGGAAGCCGCAGUCGUCGGCCUCCCAUCCCAACAAUGGGGUCAGAAAGUCGCAGCCGUCCUCGCCCUUAAACCCGCCUUGUCAUCUGACGAAGAAAGCGGCGGUAAGAAGAUAAAGAAGUUUAGCGCUCUGGAUAUGCGACGUGCGUUAAAGGAUAAAUUGGCGACCUACAAGAUCCCACAGGAGAUGCGAGUCUUGGAGGGCGGUUUACCGCGAAAUGCGAUGGGCAAAGUUAAUAAGAAAAUGCUUGUGAAGCAAGUGUUUGGAGACAUGCUAUGA